CCCAUCUCCCUCUAGUCUCUCCCCUCCCUUCCCCUCCCCGUGAAACUCUUCCAUCUCUCAUUCUUCCCCUCUCGCCGAUAAACUCGAAGUCGCGCCGCUGCUGCAGCCCGUCGCUGCUUCACCCUCCUUCUUCGUUAUUUUGGCUCUUUAACUUUUGGGAGUUAGAAUCAGAGUUGAAAAUUUUCGUAUUGUUUUACUGUUUGUUGCAAUUUCAAGUGUUGCAGAGGAUGACGUCGUCAAGGCAGGUGAAAUUGGAGAGAGAGUGUGAGCUGCGAAUUGAGGUGGGUGAGAAUUCUCCUCUCCGUCUUCGCUUGUUAAAUGGCAAUGCUGAGAUUUUUGGGACUGAAAUCCCUCCUGAAAUUUGGCUCAACUUUCCUCCUCGCCUCAAAUUUGCGAUUUUUACUUGGCAUGGAGCCACAAUUGAAAUGGAUGGUGGAUCUGAUACGUCUGAUUAUGUAGCAGAUGAGACGCCAAUGAUUAGCUAUGUAAAUGUUCAUGCCAUACUAGAAGCACGAAGGAAUAGAGCGAAAGCAUCUUCUUCCAAUGAUGCUGAGUCAUCUCAGGGUCCUAGAGUUAUUGUGGUGGGUCCCACUGAUUCUGGAAAGAGUACUUUGUCGAGGAUGCUUCUUAGCUGGGCUGCCAAACAAGGCUGGAAGCCUACUUUUGUGGACUUGGAUAUAGGCCAAGGAAGUAUAACAAUGCCUGCGUGCGUUGCGGCGACUCCAAUUGAGAUGCCUAUUGAUCCAGUUGAAGGAAUUCCUCUUGAAAUGCCUUUGGUAUACUUCUACGGGCACACAACUCCUAGUGCCAAUGUAGAUCUUUAUAAAUUGGUUGUGAAAGAGCUUUCUCAAACGCUUGAAAGACAAUUUUCUGGUAAUAUUGAAUCACGAGCUGCUGGCAUGGUGAUAAAUACGAUGGGUUGGAUAGAAGGAGUAGGCUAUGAGCUGCUUCUUCACGCUAUUGAUGCGUUUAAUGCAGAUGUUGUAUUAGUCUUGGGUCAGGAAAAACUUUGUAGUAUGCUUAAAGAUGUGCUGAAGAGAAAACCCAAGGUUGAUGUGGUGAAAUUACAGAAAUCUGGAGGUGUUGUCUCCCGAACACCAAAGUACCGUCAGAAAUCCAGGGGCUACAGGAUAAGGGAAUAUUUCUAUGGCCUGGCAAAUGAUCUUUCGCCUCAUUCAAACGUUGCUAAUUUCAGUGACUUGUCUGUCUACCGAAUUGGUGGUGGGCCACAAGCGCCACGUUCAGCUUUGCCAAUUGGUGCAGAGCCUGCUGCAGACCCUACCAGGGUGGUUCCUGUCAACAUCAGUCAAGAUUUGCUCCAUCUUGUGCUUGCUGUUUCAUAUGCGAAGGAUCAGGAAGGAAUUAUUUCGAGUAAUAUCGCUGGGUUUAUUUACAUCACUGAUGUUGAUGUUCAAAGGAGAAAAUUAACGUACCUUGCACCAUCAGCAGGAGAACUGCCAAGCAGAAUAUUGUUGCUGGGUACUUUAGCUUGGUUAGAAACUUGAGCCCAGGGCCCAGGAAAAAAGGCCCAAAUUGCUGUUUUUGUAAUCUGCUAUUUUAGGAUAACUAAAUUUGCGUUACAUUAUAAUUAUCUAUUAUAGCGGCAGCUCAUUGGUUUGUUCUCA